UCUUGCUCCUCUACAAUAGGACAACCUUAUAAGGUGAUGCUCGAAUAGUUCGCCAAGUUUUGGUUCAAUAAUUCUUAACCGCCAAGCAUGAUUUCAAAAAUCGAUGGCUCCUCGUUGCGUAACCCGGCCCUUUCUCGUCCUUCCCAAGCUUCCAUUAAAUAAUUUCGCAUCAGUAUCCAUCUAUAGAUUUUCCACGGUUACAAAGGCUACCCAACUGCCCUCCAUUUACAGAAAGACAUUUUCCCAUAUAUUUCAAGGAUGCUCCAGCCAAAGAGCACUAGACCCGGGCAAACAGGCCCAUGCUCGAAUUAUAAUAUCCGGGUUCAAACCCACGAUUUUUGUCACCAAUUGCUUGAUUCAAAUGUACAUCAGAUGUUGCCGUUUGGAUUGUGCUAAUAAAGUGUUCGAUCAAAUGUCUCAACGUGACACAGUUUCGUGGAACGCCAUGAUUUUUGGAUAUUCGAUUAGUGGGAAGAUGGGUGUGGCGCAGGCUUCUUUUGAUAUGAUGCCUGAGAAGGAUGUGAUUUCGUGGAAUUCUCUGAUAUCUGGGUACUUACAGAAUGGGAAUUAUUUAAAGGCAGUUGAGAUUUUUGCAGUAAUGCGGAGAGAGGAUUUUUUUUACGAUGAGACCACUUUUGCUGUUAUUUUAAGAGCAUGUUCAGGUUUAGAAGAUAAUGUUUUGGGGGUUCAGGUACAUGGGAUUGUAGUCAAGUUGGGGUUUGAUUCUGAUGUGGUAACAGGGAGCGCAAUUUUAGAUAUGUAUGGCAAAUGCAAGAGGUUGGAUGAGUCGCUGUGUUUUUUUGAUCAAAUGCCGGAGAGAAAUUGGGUUUCUUGGAGUGCAUUGAUAGCAGGUUGUGUGCAGAAUGACGAACCUGUGGGUGGGAUAGAGCUGUUCAAAGAGAUGCAAAGAGUGGGAGUUGGGGUAAGUCAAUCUACAUAUGCAAGUGUUUUCAGGUCUACUGCAGGUUUAGCAGCUUUAAGGUUGGGUUCUCAAUUGCAUGGUCAUUCGUUGAAGAACAAUUUUGGCGUUGAUGUCAUUGUAGGAACUGCCACAUUGGACAUGUAUGCAAAGUGUAACAAUUUAGAUGAUGCGAGGAAGGUGUUCAAUUUGUUGCCAAACCAUAACUUGCAAUCUUAUAAUGCGUUAAUUACUGGAUAUGCUAGAUGUGAUCGUGGAUUCGAAGCUUUACAAUUAUUUUUGCACUUGUUGAAGGCUGGUCUUGGUUUUGAUGAAAUAAGCCUAUCAGGUGCAUUUAGUGCCUGUGCAGUGAUUAAUGGAUUUCUAGAGGGAAUUCAAGUACAUGGAUUGGCAACAAAGACACCUUUCCAGUCUAAUGUUUGUGUAGGUAAUGCCAUUUUGGAUAUGUAUGGAAAAUGUGGAUCACUGGUUGAAGCUCGGUGUGUAUUCGACAGAAUGAAAACAAGGGAUGCUGUCUCUUGGAAUUCAAUAAUUGCCUCUUGCGAACAGAACAAAUGUGAGGAGGAAACUCUAUUGCUAUUUACUUGGAUGCUUCAGUCAAGGAUGGAGCCGGAUGAAUUCACUUAUGGCAGUGUUUUAAAAGCUUGUGCAGGUAGGCAAGCUCUGAAUUCUGGAAGGGAGAUCCAUGGUAGAGUUAUCAAGUCCGGAAUGGGGUUGGACACAUUUGUUGGGAUUGUUCUAGUGGAUAUGUACUGCAAGUGCUCGGUGAUAGAAGAUGCAGAGAAACUUCAUCACAGAAUGGAGGAACAGACAACAGUUUCAUGGAAUGCAAUCAUGUCUGGGUUCUCAUCUCAUGAACAGAGUGAGGGAGCUCAGAUUUGCUUUUCUAAGAUGUUAGAAAUGGGUGUCAAACCCGAUAAUUUCACAUUUGCCACAAUUCUCGAUUCUUGUGCUAAUCUAGCAACUGUAGGUCUUGGGAGGCAGAUCCAUGCUCAAAUCAUCAAGCAGGACUUGCAAUCAGAUGUGUACAUCAACAGCACUCUAGUUGACAUGUAUUCAAAAUGUGGAAACAUGCAGGAUUCUAGGUUGAUGUUUGAUAAAUCACCUAAUCGUGAUUUUGUGACAUGGAAUGCUAUGGUUUGUGCCUAUGCUAACCAUGGACUUGGUGAAGAAGCUUUACAAAUUUUUGAGAAAAUGCAGAUUCAGAAUGUAAGACCAAAUCACGCAACUUUUGUGGCAGUUCUUCGUGCUUGUGCGCAUAUUUGUCUUGUUGAGAGAGGGUUGUUCUACUUCAACUCUAUGCAAACUGACUACGGAUUAGAUCCACAGUUGGAACAUUACUCGUCUAUGGUGGAUAUACUUGGCAGAUCAGGUCAAGUUACUGAUGCUCUGAAGCUUAUUGAAGAAAUGCCGUUCGAGGCUGAUGAUGUAAUUUGGAGAACCCUGCUUAGUAUUUGCAGGAUGCAUGGGAAUGUCGAGGUGGCAGAAAAAGCAGCAAGUUCUCUUCUGCAAUUGGACCCUGAGGACUCUUCGGCCUAUGUUCUUCUAUCGAAUAUUUAUGCUGAUGCAGAGAUGUGGACAGAGGUUUCAAAUAUGAGGAAAGUGAUGAGGUAUAGUAGGCUGAAAAAAGAACCAGGCUGCAGCUGGAUUGAGGUCCUGUCGGAGGUACAUAUGUUUCUCGCCAUGGACAAAGCUCAUCCAAGAUGUAGAGAGAUAUAUGAGAACCUAGAUAUACUAAUUAGUGAGAUGAGAUUGGCCGGAUAUGUGUCUGAUAGCAAGUUUAUGAUAUGUGAUAUAGGGACAGAAGAUGGGCAGCAAGAACUGCAUCCUGCAUAUGCAGUCUCUUGUUUUUGAGGCAUUCUACAAAUUAAAGUUUGAGAGCCUUUUCGAGUAUAUUAAAAUCCUAUUGGUUCUCCCUCCAAUUAGAAGGAAGUUUGACUUGGAUUAUCUUGGUUCAGUUCAGAUUUUUGGUCAUGCUAUGCGCAUUUACAAGUCAAUGAGCCAAUGGAAGUUAAUGAUCCUCAUGGCUAUUCAUGUUGCCUUCCAACUGCUAAUUUUUUGGCGUUUGAAAGGAGGAGAGAAAAUUGGGAACUCCAGGGUAAAAGACAGUAAAUUACCACACUUAGUUCCAGUCUCUGAAUUCCUCGUUACAUUUUGUUUUCUUCUCUGACUGGGUGAAUAUUUUGCAGACUCGUACACACAUCAUCAACUGCAAUCUGAAUGGUGUCAAUUGUGGAUUGGACACUCCAAAAUCAGGUUUUCUGAUUCGUGAUGUCAUCCAGUGGUUUGGCGAGUGCAGCCAAUCUCCCAAUUGUUGAUACCUAGUCUUGGGGAAGAUUUGUUCUUGGUGAAUGGAUCACGAAGGUGUUGAAAAGGAAAAGAGCAACAUGAAAGCAAACCUGAUAGACACUCUAUUACAAGGACUCAACAAAACAAAGCCAGAAAAUCAUAUUCUCUCGCUGCCACAUCUAAAACAAAUAUGUCCAAGUUAACCUACUUCUCAGAGGAACGCACUAAAUCUUGUUCAGCCAUUGUUAAAAUUUCGGCUACACUUUCUACUUGACCCUUGUUUGGUGGGGAUUAAAAUCAGAUUUUUAGUAGAUUAUAAUAACAGUUGAUAAAAUGUGUAGUUGAAAAGUUGUGA